AUGGCUUUGGAUUUGAUCUUGCGAACUCUGAUGAACUCGCCGGACUUUAGAGAGGCAGAGAAUAAAAACUGGGAGGUAGUAGCCAAACUUGUUCCCGGAUCUACUUCUCAUCAGGUUUGAGAUUUUCGCGUGUACAUUAUUGAAUAAAAGGUGUCAAUUGUCAAGUUACUUAGCUACAAUAGCCUUCCAUCUACAAGGUGGACUUGUAAUACAAGCAGGGCGUAACAGAUCGAUCAAAAUCUAUCAUCAUGUAUCAUCGAAAAGCUAGCUGAUCUGCCGAUAGUACUCAUGUUCCGCCAAUAGCCGUCAACGUUAAAAAAGUUAAUGAUCCAAAAAUCGUUUACCAGCUGUUGUGGCGAGUUUCUCGAGGGAGCAGUAUUAGCCUGCAUGGCCGGCGUUGAAAGGGGAAGGGGGAAUUUGGGCGCGUGCGAGAGGGAAAGGAAGUUUCCUUUCCUUUCCCCCUCGCACGCCCCACACACUCUCGCGCACGCCCAAAUUCCCCCUUCCCCUUCCCCUUUCAACGCAGGCUACAGCAGUAUCGACUGUUAGGUACUUUCACUUUAAUAAGUGUGGCUCUUUUUGAAUAAUAAUAAUAGUAAUGCAGAAGUGUAUAAUAAAAAGUGAGAGUUUCUGACUGGCCAGCAUAAUUCAGGAGUCUCCCAAAUGCAAAGAAAAUCUUGUGGUAUCCCAUACAGGCCAAUGAAUUUCUCCCUGGUGAGGGGAACUUUUAAACUUUUCUGCACCACACAUGUAGGCUGAUAUUUUAACGUUAGUUUCGGAACAAAAAUUGUUUUGCAGAUCCAUUUAUACUGUAGUUUUCUUUCUAGUAGCACUUUGUGGGGUUGGGGAAGGUGGAUGAGGGCAAGCACUAAGCAAUGGCUAGUGUAGACAGGAAGUCCCCAGAUUCAGCUCUGCAGAUGUUGGCAUCACUGCAUUUAUAUGAAACUUGAGGUGCCAUGGAUUAAGAUUUAUACAAAAGCAUCAUUAAUUAAGUGAAGAUGGAAAUUGGUAAUUUUGUGACCCUCACAGAUUACUAGAGGUUUUGUUCAGGGGCAUAGCUAUAUCACACCCAAGGUACUUAUCAGAUUGACAUGUUGACAUCUAUGUCAUGUUGUACUAAAAGUGCAGGGUGCAAAGAAAGUCAGUUUUACAGCCUGUCAUUCGGGCAAGCUGUAGCUGGCAUGUACUAGCCCACAAGUCAUUUCAACUAGCCCCAAAACCCUCUUUGAUUAGCAGGAUUGAUUACAAUCCUUCUGUAAUUUGAAUUUCCCCAACAAACAGCACUUGCCCAUUGGGCAAGUUAAGAACAAAAAUCACUAGCUCGAUAGCGAAAUCCACUAGCCUGGGGCUAUUGGACACAACUUUCUUUGCACGCUGAAGUGACCUUUUUUUGUAGAUGGGCAGUGAGCAUGGGGAGAGACAAGCCUAUUUACAAGAUUUAUGGCCAAUGAUCCCUUGGAUUUGUUUGUUUUCAACACCUGAAUUAUAAGGACAUAAAACAAUAUUAUUUAACAAAAGGGGGAUCAUGGGCACAACAGGACCCCCUAGCUAUACCCAUGAUAUAUAUAAUUAGCCAUUCAUUAUUGAUUCUUUAGGAGUCUCUUAACUAUUGCUGGUCCAUUCUUAUUUUCAGUGUGCAAAGAGGUGGAAGGCAAUACAAAAAUCUUCCUUGUCAACAAGCACUGCACAUCCUGCCUUCAGUUCAUCUUCUAGAACAAGGAGCCUCUCUGGAUUUUUAAACUCUGUGCUACAUUUUACUGAUGACAAAAAUUUAAAUGUGGUGAAUAAAAUUCAAGGAAUGAGACAGAACUCACAACCCUGUGCUGUAGGUACUAAUUCUGUCAAAAAAGGCAAU